AUGCCACAAAUGAACCCGUACGCCUCGAAGAGGGCUCCCAAGGGGUCCUCCAAAACCGUUCGUCCAACCACCCCCGAGUCCAUGACCGUGCGACAAUUUGACUUGGACCCCAAGGCGGGCAGUCAAUCACAAAAACAAGUGCAUGGUCGCAUGGGGGGUUCCAUCCCCUCUCAGCGGAAACGACGAGCCUCCACAUCCUCCGUCUCCAGUGUUUCCUCCGUUUCCUCGAUUGAUGACCUGGAGCUCGAGGCGCUCAGUGACGAAGUUGAUGAUUCGGACGACGAUGCGGACGAUGAACAAGAGCGUCCGCGGGCGGCGGUCUCCACGUACGGCCGUCGUCCUUCCACGGCCCGGAAGACCGGACGUCCGGCUACCAAAGGCAAGCGCACCCAGGUCUCGGACGACGAGGGCUCCGACAGUCACUUCAUCAGCGACCCAAGCGACUCGGAAGACAGCUCAGACGACGCCUAUGCGGCUGUGGAUGACAUCUCCGACGGAGACGACGAAGAGGGUGACGUGGAGAAGAUGGAGGAACAAAUCAUCAAAGACUCCGAGAAUAAGCACCGGGUCCUCCCCUCGUCGGAAUAUUCCGAUGCCCAAUGGCUAGGCCCGGAACUGUUCGGCGACUCCUUGCUCCUCCCCGCAGCAUCCUUUUUCGAUGAGGAACAACUUUACACCGCCAUGGACGCCUUUGGCGAGACCGACAUGGCGAGCGAGGCCCAAGAAACCCCCGUGGCUCGCCGGGUCCACUUCGAGGAGCGCUCGGAGUCCUCUUCCGACAGCGACUCCCAUUCCGACGACGAGAUCCCCAGUGACUUCCUCCAGCAGGACUCUUUGGAUCCCCAACUGCGUCGCAUGAUCGAAAGUGACAAUAACGAUCACUACCGCACCCAUCGUCAAAGAUCGGAGGAGAUGUAUGGGGAUAUUGAUUAUGGUCAUGGCAACAUCUACCACGUCGAGUCCGACGGAACGUCCGAGGGCAGCCUCAGCGGUUACGAGAGCGACGAUGGUGACACCACGGACGAGGAUCUGCCUCCUCCUGCCACCAUUACGCACCCUCGCUCUCUGCUGCGUCGGGACUCCACCGACUCGUUGGUCGCUGCGAGCGAGGACAAGUCCACCUCUGUCCCCCGGCGACGGGGUCCCAUCAUGGGCACAUUCGUGGCUGACCCUAACAAGCCGGUGGCCCUGGUCGACUGCACGGGCAAGCACCUGGUUAUCAUCCCCGCUUACGCCUCUUCGCGCCACGACUGGCUGGACUCCGCUGCCAAUAGCAUGUCAGGGACCGCCAACAACAGCCCGCGUCAAACUACGCUGCAGUUGAUUGACGAAAGCGAUACUGACGCCCUGGCGUCCCCCAAUCAUACCAACUUCAGUCCUAUGCUGGCGUCCAGUGCCAACUUGAUGAUGACCGCUCUGGGUAAUGACUUGGCCCCCGGUGGACAGGUCAUGGGACCUCCCGAAGCCUUCUACCCUUCCCAAGACUUUGCCAUCGAUAGCUCCUUCGAGGACGAUGAUGAGGAGGAUCCGGAAGCGGCGCUCAAUGUGGAUGAUUUCAUUGACUUUGGCGACGGUUCGUCGGAUGAGGACAAUGAUCGGGACAACGAAACGUUCAAUGGUUUCGAUGAUGAGGCCUUUGGGUCACCGAGGGCCAAUUCCUCCCGACCGGCGACGGGAACCCCGACCCCCUCCCGGGCCUCGGAGUCCCUGCAGGCCAAUAGCGCUGAGCGCUUCCUGAACCACCUCGACAAGGGCAUUGUUACCGCCUUCCGCCGCAAUCACAACCGCUACCAGGCCCUUCUUCGCUUGCCCCAGCAUCGCGAGUUCAUGCCUGCCAACUCCCCAGCGCGUCCUGCCAGUGUCUUCCGACAUGCGCGCCAUCAGGAAGUGCGUCCUCCCAGUCGCAAGCGCAAAGCCAAUGGCUACGCAGGUGGUGAAGCCGUGCGACGCAAACUCAUGGAUGCCCAGCGUCGCACCCAGCUUCCAUUUUGA